CAUUUUUCUUAUUUCUCUUUUGUGCCUUACUUUACAAUUGCCAUAAAUAUUUUUGUGCUGCUUCAUCUGUGGAUGAAUUCAUAAAAUGUAAAUACAAAUAUGUAUUCAAUAUUUGUUUAUUAUAUUCAUAGCUGUAGCCAUAGGAGAUCGAUGCUUAUAUGUAUGAUAUAUAAUUUAAGUAGGUAAAAGAGUCGAGAGAUAAUACAUACACGGUUAGUGCAUGACUGCGUGCAGAUACAAGAUACAACAGACAUCCUUUGGAGAACAUAAAACAAGAAAAAAAUAAUAAAUUCAGUCAGUCUGCCAAUGGAGAUUCAAACGUACAGAAGGUAUAAGUACACGUACGCGACGUGUUCUUUUGUUACAGUGCAGACAACUGCUGUGAGGAACAACUGGCAGCUGGCUCUUGGCGUUUUCGGCGCUGAGUUUUAUCGAGAACAAGACGACGGCAGCAAUAAAAAAAAAUAUAAUAACAACGUACAUGUAUAUUUCCAAUGGGUUUUUUCCUGCAAGAUCAUCUGCCGCGAUGAAGUAUCACACACUUAACCUUUGUGUCGUCCUAUCCCUUUAAAUGGAAGAGUGUGACGUCAAGAAGGGGAGGCAAUUUUUUGCGAUUGAACAUCGCUCGUGUGUGAUGCUCAACGUUAAAGGCAGCUAUAGUACUCUCUCUGCUGGGGAAUUGAUUACUUAUCCCUCGACUUGUCUGAUAUCAGUCCUCCAUAUUUUAAGCUAAGUACAUUGUUCGCCUGUCAUCGUUAUUAACAAUCAAACCACUGCCAAAACUACAAGCAACUCCAAAGUGAAGCCGUCAACGUAGUGAUAGGUUUCUGAAUAAUACGUGAGUAGCAAAUCGGAUCAGCUGUUUUGCCGUAAACAAAGAAAGAGAUGGAGGCCGAAGACGUCGUCGAAGUUGUCGUCGUCGACGCGCCUGCUGCUGCAACAGAAGCGAUGGAGCAACCGGAAAGUGAGGCUGAAGCUGAUCCUGACGAUGCUAAAGAGUCCGAUGUCACUGCGGUCAGUGAAGAUGCAAUUUCACAUCAGAUGAAGGAGGAUCACGAGAUAAUGCAACAGGAGGAUCUUCAGACUGAAACAAGUGAUACAGCAGAGCUUAAUGUGGAGCAGCAAGCGGAACAUCAGGAAGACGAGGAGAUGCUGUGCGAUGACAGGUGGUCCUACAUGCCCGACUCUGUGAUGCUGAGUAUUUUUCAAUACUUGAGUCCUAAGGAAUUGCUUACUGCUGGCGGGACGUGUAGGACGUGGAACAGAGUCUCGGAGGACGAGAUGCUGUGGAAGGCGUUGUUUUAUCGCACCUACAAGGUCGACCCUAAUGUUGGUAUUAUGCCAGGUAAAACGUCUUGGUUUGAAGAAUUUAAACGUUUGGCAUAUCACAUACCACUGGUAGAAACUGAAACUCUGAGAGAACAUUCCCACCAGGUAUUACAUGUUAGUUUUUCACACAACGGAAAAAUGUUUGCUACUUGUUCAAAAGAUGGUUAUAUAUUAGUAUGGAACAGCCAACACCCAGUGUCAAUUAAAUAUCAUCACGAUAUGAAAACAUUUAGUUGGAAGUACACACAAUUCUCACAGUUCAAUUCUUCAGACACCUUACUAUUAGUUUCUGGGGUUCAUUUUGGCACUCCACAUAGUACAUCAGGUGAAAUUGCCGUCUUCAGAUUAGCACCUAGCUUUGAACUCCAAUGUAGAGUUAUGAACAAACCAUAUGACAUAUUUGGUACCUGGUACAGUGAACGGUAUCUGCUGAGUGGAGGCCUUCACUGGCUAGCACACCUAGUCAGUACAAGUAUUCUAUGGCUGAAUAAGGCUAAUCAGGAGACAGGAAGUGAGCAUGUACCUAUAAUGAAUCAACUAUACCGGUUUUACAAUGGGAAUGCAUCAUCAAUCAGAGCAGUUAUGGUUGCGAAUUGUUUGUCCCCUGCUGCAACAGAAACUGACGCACAAAAUAAUCAACCGUCCAGUUCCGAUGUUAAAGAAGAAAAAGGAAAUCCAUUGAGUCACAGGGACAUAUCAAUGGCAUCUACUAGCCAGGGUACAAAAGAAGAGCCUGAAGUUUUACAUCAUGCGUCAUCUAGAUUACAGUAUAGUACAUUAGAAGGUGGCUUUAUGAAUUGGAGAAAAUUAGGUGAUGGUUUUGAAUAUGCUAGCCCCAUAAAAUACAAUAACGAAUAUCGGCAGGUAGAAAUGGAAAAAGAAGUUGUUGAUAGCGAUAAUAGUGAUAAUGAAUCUAGUCCUCCAUGGGAAGAUAGCGAAGAAGAAGAUUCGUUAUCCGCUGAAGAAUUUGAUGACUCCGACGAUUUAGCCGACUGUCCUGAAAAGUUCCUGAUUUUUACUACAGGCUCGAAAACGUACACACCUCAUCAAGUUGGUUUCAAAAGAAUAAAGCCGGUCACAUUUCCACGAAGACUCGAUCCUGGUCCGUCUCUACAGGAAAGAAUAGCUCAGCGACACCGAGAACGUGAAAUGCAAAAUAGUGGCUCUUUGCGGCCGGAACCUAAUUGGCUAGAUUAUGAUUCAGUUGCCGAUAAGUUCGAUAAAAUAGAUCAUCUGAUUGACCUCCAUGGCCAUAUUAUUGGAAUGGGCCUCUCACCUGAUCAUAGAUAUCUGUACAUUAAUACUCGGCCAUGGCCACGAGGUUACGUAAUUACAAAUCCACUGCAACCUCCACCAAUAGCGCAAGAAAUUGAUAUUCACGUUAUUGACUUGGUAACGUUGAAACAAGUCGGCACAAUGCUCAGAGCUCACAAAGCUUAUACGCCCAACAAUGAGUGCUUUUUCAUAUUUUUAGAUGUAUGCAACGAGUAUGUCGCGAGUGGUGCUGAAGACAAACACGGAUACCUAUGGGACAGACAUUAUGGCGUGUGUUUGGCCAAAUUUCCCCACUCUGACGUAGUUAAUUCGGUAGCUUUCAACCCUCGUGAUACCGAAAUGCUAGUCACAACAAGUGAUGAUUACACAAUCAAAGUAUGGAGAAGCCGCGCAAUGGUGAAAUCACUAGGUCUUGAUGAGGUUGCUUACAGAAGAGGGAUGGAAGUAAGAAACAGGCGAAAAUAUCACAGAAGCAACUGUAACGUCGACUGAUUAAGGAGUAUUCAAUUUCCUAUUUAAACAUUUUCAUUACCAAGUUGUAAAUAAGAUUCAUAAUAUUGAUAUCGUGAUUGGGAAUAUUUGAUUUGUUGAGACGAAUUUAAUGUGCUUAUAAUUAUUACACAUUGAACUUAAUUGUCUUGAUACCUCAAAUAUAGGAGCUUUUAUUUUUUUAAGGCAAAAAUGAAGUGAAAAUGUUUAAAUAGAAAAUUGAAUGUUGUAAUAAAUGAAGUAACUAAAAAAAGGAAAAGGAACAAAUUACGUAAUUAUUUAAUCGUUUUCAUGUUAUGUGCAAUUGUUGUUAAGUUUUCUGCAGGGCUAUGACUAUAUUUUCUAUACAUAUUCGAAACGAAACGUACUUAUUAAAUUUUUUGCUACUGAAAAUUUGUACAUAAUUGUGACAUGCAAUAAAAAAUAAAUCAUGUAAUACGCACUGGUGUAAGUAAACUUUAAAGUAAAAAAAGUGACUACAGUAAAGCGCCAUGACAAGCAUAAAAAUAUUUUUAAAUUUUAAAGCGCAAUAAAGUAAAAUAAAAGUAAACGUGUAGUGUUUUAUCUAUGGUUAAAGAACUAUAUUUUACUGGUGUGUUGAAUCGAAAAAAUUAAAAUAUUGUUAGAGGGGUCAUGAGCAUUUGCUAAGAAAUCGAGGGCUGUUUACUUGUUGAGCAUUAAAUAUUCUUUAUAUAAAGUUAUUCGUCUCAACCCUGCUUAACCUUAAGUAUGCUCAUGUUCUCUUAAUAAUGUUGUGAACAGUACCAAUCAAUGGAAUGUUACACAUGGAAUAAAUUCUUGACUUUAUAACAUUUUAUUGCGGAAUAAUGUGCUGUAAAAUUGUAUAA